AAUCGCACGUUGUUGUUUGUAUUUUGGGUUUCUGUUGUUGGGCCAUUUUUUAUUUACAGUAAACUUUAUGAUGGCUGAACCUGAUGCAAAAUCAAGUGAUCAGAACAACGGUGAUAUGUUAAAUGGGGAAGAAAAUUGUAAUUCUGAUGAUAUCGUAGAUCCUUGGAAUGUUGUAAGCACAUCUGCUACUGGUAUUGAUUACGAUAAACUGAUUCGUCGAUUUGGUUGCUGCAAAGUGGAUGAAAAUUUAAUAAAGGAAUUUGAAAGAGUAACUAAAAAACCUGCUCAUCAUUUAUUAAGAAGAGGAAUAUUUUUUUCCCAUCGAGACAUGUAUGAAAUUUUGAAACGUUAUGAAGAGAAGAAACCAUUCUUUCUUUACACAGGACGAGGACCAUCCUCUACUGCAUUGCACUUGGGGCAUUUGAUUCCUUUUUUGUUUACAAAGUGGCUGCAAGAUACAUUUGAUGUGCCUCUGAUCAUUCAACUGACAGAUGAUGAAAAGUUCCUUUUCAGAGAUCUAACUGUUGAAGAAGCAAAGAAAUUAGCUGAAGAAAAUGCAAAGGAUAUAAUUGCACUGGGAUUUGAUGUUGAGAAAACAUUCAUUUUUUCAGAUUUUAAUUACAUGGGGCAGUCUCCAGAAUUUUAUCAGAAUGUUGUACGAAUUCAGAGAAGUGUAACUUUUAAUCAAGUUAAAGGAAUUUUUGGUUUUGGUGAUAGUGAUUCAAUUGGGAAGAUUGCAUUUCCAGCAGUUCAAGCUGCUCCAUCAUUUAGCACAUCAUUCCCUAGCAUUUUUGGUGAUAAAUCUAACAUACCUUGUCUAAUACCUUGUGCUAUAGAUCAGGAUCCAUAUUUUCGAAUGACACGUGAUGUUGCACCUAAAUUAGGAUUUCCUAAACCAGCUUUACUCCAUUCUCAAUUUUUUCCUGCUUUACAAGGAGCUCAAACAAAAAUGAAUGCUAGUGAUCCUAACAGCUCUGUGUUUUUAACAGAUACUCCUAGUCAAGUUAAGAAUAAGAUUAACAAAUAUGCAUUUUCUGGUGGUGGUGCCACUAUUGAAGAACACAAAGAAAGAGGUGGCAAUUGUGAUAUAGAUAUUGCCUAUCAAUACCUCCGCUUUUUCUUAGAAGAUGAUGAAAAGCUGGAAAAGAUUAGAAAGGAUUAUUCAAGCGGAGAGCUUUUGACAGGGCAUUUAAAAAAAGAAUUGAUAACUAUUUUACAAGGAGUUGUAUCUGAACAUCAAAAACAACGAAAACUUAUUGAUGAAGCUACACUUUUAAAAUUUAUGACUUCAAGAAAACUGAAUAUUUAAGAAUGCACUUCAAAAUUACACUAUUAAAAGUUGAGUGCAUAUAGUUAAAGUAUAAUUUGAAUGAGCUUUGCUGUGUACACAAUCAAUGCUUGAAAAUUUAAGCUGAUGGAGUUCAAUGCCAUACUAUGCAGUGCUUUUAAAUUAUCACCUUAAUGUAUAUUUUUUAAGCGAGCAAAGGAUCAUGAAAUGUUAUUCAAUUGAAAAGUAACGCAUAAAUCUAGGGUUG